AUGAAUUCAACGUUCAAACAUUUUUUUAAAGGAGAUUGCACGGACAUAACGAAACCAAGUCUGAUGGAAACAUGUAAUGAUCAUACUGCCACCAUUAAUUUAAACAUUUUAAAGCAAUGUGGUUUUUAUCAAAUAUUUGAUCCAAACAGCAAAAAGAUAUUCGGUUGGAAUGUUUACUGUAUUUCUUUGAUUGUAUUAACCGUGAUAACCCAGUGUUUAAUUGGUUUUGGAAAUUGUGGCUUUUUGUUUGAAUUGGAAGACACUACUGACAACAUUGAUUUAUUUCUGAUCAUAUUCUCUAAUUCAUAUUUUUGCCUUACUGAGUGGAAAGUGGUCAUACUUAUAAUCAACAGAAAAACAAUUUUGGAGCUUUUGGACGUUACAGAUUUAAUAUUUUUGAAGAGCAAACAGUGUCGUAAUAACAUUAAAAUACUGUACAAACACCGUAACAAGGCUUUACAACUUACAAACUUAUAUUUCAAGUCUUGCAUUUUUGUGAUCAUUGAAUGGGUUAUCUUUCCAAUAAUAAUAAACUCAUUCAUAGCGCACAAAACUGAGAAUCAGCGCUUAGAGAACGUUGUAAACAGGCGAUAUCCUGUUGAUGUGAACACUUAUAAUAAGUAUUAUAUUCUGUUUUACGUAUUCGAAAUAAUAAUAGGAGUGAAAACAGUAUACUUAGUAUUGAUGGUCGAUAUAUUAUUAUUGUCUAUCGGUUGGGCGAUAAUUGUUCAAUACGAAGUACUGGCUGUAGCGUUUAAGAACAUCGGGUAUAAUGAAAACCUUCAAAAAGAUAAUGAUCAUGAUGUUGUAGAUGAUUAUAAAUAUUUUAAAUCAAUUUUGUUUGAUCAACAACAACUUGAUUCGAAAGUAAAACUAUAUUUUUCAAUUGUGAAGCCUAUUGUGUUGAUGCAUGUUGCUAUUAAUUCAGGCUUAUUCAUAAUGUUGUCGAACUCAUUCUUAAUGGUUUUCUUAUCAACAGAAUCAUUUACUUAUAAAAUCGUAAACCUAUUCAAGAUCGGCACUGGAAUUUUGUACAUAUGUUUACAAUUAUUUCUGUAUUGUCAUUUAUUUGAUAAUAUUAAUUUAAAAAGAAAAUCUGUCAACCUUGGAAUAUAUUCUUGUAAUUGGACGAAGAUGGAUUUAAAGUUUAAAAAGUUAUUAUUAUUAACCAUGCAGAUCAAUGACGCUGAUUAUAGAACGAUUAAAGCUUCGGCGAAAACAAUUGUCAAUUUACCACUAUUUGCUAACGUUUUAAUGACGUCCUACAACAUUAUAUCCGUCAUUGUAAAAACAAUGAGUAAAUAUAGAAAAACAUAA